AUGUCGUUCUCCACACAAACACCCACUAUUGUGGUGCUUAAAGAAGGAACUGAUGCCUCCCAGGGUAGGGGACAAAUCAUCAACAAUAUAAAUGCGUGCUUGGCCAUUCAGGACACCUUGAAACCAACGUUGGGACCAUUUGGAUCGGACAUUCUAAUCGUUGGAUCCAAUGGAAAAGCUACUAUAUCCAACGAUGGUGCCACAAUUCUCAAACUUUUGGAUAUAGUUCACCCAGCAGCUAAGAUGUUGGUGGAUAUCUCGCGUGCGCAGGACGCUGAGGUCGGUGAUGGUACCACGUCGGUCACCAUUCUUGCCGGAGAAUUGUUGAAGGAAUCGAAAACUUUCAUAGAAGAUGGAAUUUCGUCCAAUCUUAUAAUAAGGGGUUUGAGAAGAGCUUGCGAUCUUGCUGUGAGCAAGGUGAAGGAAAUUGCUGUGGAGGUGAAGAGAGACGAUGCCGAUGAGUUUCGUCAAUUACUCGAACGUUGUGCCAAGACUGCCAUGUCGUCAAAACUCAUUGCUAAAAACUCGGAUUUCUUUACAAAGAUGGUUGUUGAUGCCGUUUUAUGUUUGGAUCAGAAUGAUCUUGACGAGAAUAUGAUCGGAGUGAAGAAGGUUCCUGGAGGUGGUAUGGAAGACUCCAUGUACAUCAACGGGGUAGCAUUCAAGAAGACAUUUUCAUACGCUGGUUUUGAGCAGCAACCCAAGAAGUUCAAGAACCCCAAGAUCUUAAACUUGAACGUUGAGCUCGAGUUGAAGAGUGAAAAGGAUAACGCUGAAGUCCGAGUCGAGCAAGUCAAGGAUUACCAAGAUAUCGUCGAUGCCGAGUGGAAGAUCAUUCUCAACAAAUUGGAGGCUAUUGAAGCCAGUGGUGCUAACAUUGUGUUGUCUAAAUUGCCCAUUGGAGACUUGGCGACCCAGUAUUUUGCCGAUAGAGAUAUCUUUUGUGCGGGAAGAGUAGCCAACGAAGACAUGGAAAGAGUGAUCAAGGCAGUUGGAGGAAGCAUACAACUGACAUGUUCCAACAUAUCUGAGAAGGAUUUGGGAACCUGUGAGUUGUUUGAAGAAGUGCAAGUGGGAUCCGAAAGAUACAAUGUCUUUAAAGGGUGUCCUGAAGCCAGAACAUGUACCCUCAUAUUACGUGGAGGUGCCGAGCAAGUCAUUGCAGAAGUUGAGAGAUCAUUACAUGAUGCAAUUAUGAUUGUCAAGAGAGCAGUUAGUCAUAACUCGGUUGUGGCUGGAGGAGGAGCCAUUGAGAUGGAGUUGUCCAAGUAUCUUCGUGACUAUGCCCGUACUAUUGCUGGCAAGCAGCAGUUGAUUGUAGCUGCAUUCGCGAAGGCAUUGGAGGUGAUUCCACGUCAAUUAUGUGAAAAUGCUGGAUUUGAUGGCAUUGAACUUCUCAACAAAUUGCGGAGUGCUCAUGCUAAGGGAGAGAUGUGGCAUGGAGUUGACUUUCAAAGAGAAACCGUGGGUAACAAUAUGAAUAAUUUUAUUUGGGAACCAGCAUUGGUGAAGAUCAAUGCGCUUGAAUCUGCCACCGAAGCAGCUUCGUUGCUCUUGUCUGUUGAUGAGACCAUCAAGAAUGAGGAGCCUGAGCAGCAGCCGCAAGGACGGGGACGGGGAGCUUUUUAG